GUUUCUUUAAAGUAUGAUUUCCAUCCUCUUCAUCUAGGUAUUGGUCUCGAAGGUUUUGCGAAUACGUUUUACGAUACGUUGAUCCUUCAACCUUCAUAGUGGACAGUGCCACCCGCACAUAGCCGAUGACCUCCACAGCGUCUUCCCAUGUCGGGCCGAUCCGACGGCUAUGGUUUCGUUGGAAGAGUCUACGGCUUCCGUGGCGUCGACAAUUCUUAGUCGGCAUGGACCUGGCAGGAAAUACGUACUGGGAGUUCAAAGAUCACAUGAACGCUCAGAGAUUGCGUCGGAUUGUGCAUCACAGUCGUCGCACACACUACUCAGAUGUGCAGGUCAAUCCGCAAUGGCACCAGUGGCUCCGUCAUGUCCGUCCGACACCUCCGUCGAUCGCCGAACAAGAAGCAGAUUUGAUCCGCCAGACACAAAUCAAACAACUUGCCGCACGAGCCGAUGAGCGAUGGGCCAGUCUACCUUCAUACGCCGACAUUCACCCUCAGCCUCAACCAGCGAUGCAGUCACAGGGCUCAGGAGCAUCUGUCCUGGGCGGCGCCGCGACAGCGCAGGGCGAAGAUAAAGGGGGACACAGCGGCGUCACCGGUUCCGAGGAGAAAGAACAGUCCAGGAGAUCAACUAAAGGCAAGGAUUCAUGGGAGCAGGCGCAAAAGCCGAGCAACCCCGGGCAAGACUGGCAGCCGGAGAGCUGGAGUCCCUCAGCUAGUAAGCGCUGA